AUGAUUGAUGAUGAAAAUGAUUGGAUUUUGGGUAUUGGUACCGUGAUUGUCCCCGUACUUGUAGGUGAUGGAAAGCUACUAGAGGUGUUGCAAGAGACAGAGUGCGAUGUUUUAGAAGAGGAAGAAGACGACGACCCAAUUUUCGUUCUAACUGAUGAAUGGAGGGAAUUCUUUGCCAGAUCUGAAGCUAAGAGAAAAUUAGUUAUAAACACACUUUCAUCUUUCAAAGUGGUUCGUGGAAACGAAAAAUACUUUGAUAAAAGAGAAGGGUUUCAAAAAAUGCUGCAAAACUGA